GCUGGGGUGGGGGGGUUGCAAAGAUCUUUGCCCCUCUCUCAAAUGCGUGUUUUGUGAUUCCCCCUCCCCCGCCUCUGCAUUGCAGACUCGGCGCUGGCCUCGCCGAGGUGCUUUUCCCUCUGGCUGCCCGCCUCCCCCCCCUUCCAGGGAGGGGCCUGCGCAUUCCAGCAUGUCUGAGCCGCAGCCCGGCCGGGCCCAGCGCCAAGGCCGGCGGGGAGGGCGAGCAGGAGCCGGCCUGCGCCAUCCGGGUCGGGGUGACAGAAGACCCCCCUGAGUCCACCCCAGCUGACCAGAGCAGUCUGCUCCCUCGCUGCUGGCCCCCCAUGCAUUCCUUGGACGAGCCCCUGGACCUCAAGCUGAGUGUCUCCAGACUCCCGGCUGUGCGAGAGAAGCGUAACUGGGCCCUGGGCAGCACCAAGGGCCGAGCUCUGAGCCAGAUCUCGGAGGACGAGGGCUACCUGGCAGCGGGCCCUGGCUCCCCUCCAGAGGGCCUCCAGGAGCACCCCCAAUGCCAAGACAAGAGAGACCAUCGGUUCUCCUCGCCUCCUACCGUUGACCUGAGCCUGUCCCCUUCUCCACCCCCCAGUGGCAACACAUCUGCCUCCCCAGACAGGCAGAGCAGCGGGGGGUUGGUGAACUGCGCCAGCUUGCGUGACCUGCAGUCCCUGCGCUACCUGGAGAGUCUCCGCAGCUCCUUCCAGUUCUUCCUGCCUCUGAACUCAGGAGGGUCCCUGCAUCUGCCUGCCUCCACUUUCCUGGCACCGCCCAAGGAGAAGCGGCUUGCUCUGGAGACAGCUGUGCAGAAGCAGCUGGUGUGCCACUGGUCCAAGUGCAACCAGCUGUUUGAGCUCCUGCAAGACCUCGUGGACCACGUCAACGACUUCCACGUGAAGCCAGAGAAGGAUGCUGGCUAUCGUUGCCACUGGGAGGGUUGUGCCCGCCACGGCCGGGGCUUCAACGCCAGGUACAAGAUGCUGAUCCACAUCCGCACACACACCAACGAGAAGCCCCAUCGCUGCCCCACCUGCAACAAGAGCUUCUCAAGGCUAGAAAACCUGAAGAUCCACAACCGCUCCCACACAGGGGAGAAGCCCUACCUCUGCCCCUACGAAGGCUGCAGCAAGCGCUACUCCAACUCCAGCGACCGCUUCAAGCACACCCGCACCCACUACGUGGACAAGCCCUACCACUGCAAGAUGCCCGGCUGCCACAAGCGCUAUACAGACCCCAGCUCCCUCCGUAAGCACAUCAAGGCCCAUGGGCACUUCAUCACCCGCGAGCAGCAGGAGCUGCUGAAGCUGCAGCCCCCCACCAAGGCCCCCCCACUCAUGGCCAACGGACCAUACCUCGGCGGGGCACAGAUCAUUGUGCCUACCCCGGCUGCCCUCUUUGGGAGCCACAGCCUGCCCCUCCCUCUCUCCCAGGCCCCUCUGGAUCUCAGCACCUUAGCCUGUGGUGGGCUGGGCACGGCCGCCAUCGCAGGCCUGCCCAGCCCCACGCUUGCCCCUUUGAACUUGGCCAAGAACCCCCUGCUGGCCUCCCCUUUCUCAGUGGGCAGCCUGGGGCUGCCAGUGGUGUCGUUGCUGGCUGGCACCUCUGCCAAGGCAGCUGUUGAGCGAGGGCAGGAGAACAGGGCCCGGCCCUUCAAAGGCGACAUUGGUGGCAGCAGCCGAUGCAAGGAGACCAGUGAGAGAGUGAAACUGGCCAGGCUGCGGACAACCACCGACAGCCUCUCUCUGCUCCCCGGGGGCGUCCUGGACCUGUCCACUGGCAUGAACUCAGGGGCAACCGCUGAAACUCUGCCACCAGGUUGGAUGGUAAUCCCAGCUGGCUCCGUUUUGCUGAAGGAAGCUGUGGUGAGCUAAGUAGGGAAGAGCAAGGAGGACGACUGGAAGGGGACCUGGCAUUCAAUCCGAGUAAGCAAUGCAUGUGAGCAAAGCAAUAAGAAGCUUCCCAGGGCAGCAGCCAGGAAUUCCACCCUCCCCUCUCCCUCUUCUGCCAAAUGCAAGGCAGGGCCAACCCAGGAGCACCAAUGCAGGAAUCACCGCUGGUUGGUCAAUCCCCAGCGAGACCUUCUCAACCCAGCCCCCCUUUUCCCAGCCCUGCUCUAGCCCAAGAAACACGGGGGGAGCCCACGUGAAGAAUCCUCUGCCCAAAGCUGCCACCACUUCUUUUGGCUCCUUUGCUGGCACUCCUCUCUGCCUUUGGGGCACGUCCCGUCCCCCAUUUUUUCUCUGGAGCCCAGGAGUGCCACCCUGUGGCUCAGAGGCCUUUUCCUCCCCCCUCUGGCUGCUGUUCAGAAGCUAAUCCUGGAGGAGCUGUUAUCAGCUGCCUCCCUCCACUCCAGCCCAGGGCUUCUGCCUGGUUCAAACCUCUCUGACAAAGCACACCAUGGCGUGUGCUGCUGACGAGACAGUUCCCCGACACGGAGGAAUUGAACUGCGCAAUUCCCUCCAUAAGCAGUUCCUUAUAUUAAAGCUGUGCAACAGUCUUACGGAGGCAGUGAGGAUGGGAAGACGGCAAAGCACCCCUGGAUGAAGGUUCCGUCUGUGCUGGGUCCUGGGCUGCUUCUGCCCUGUAAACUUUGCAAAAGCCCCUUUUUUUGGUGGGGGUGGGGGUGGGGAUUCCCUCCUUUGCUUUUAGGAAAGCAGAGCACUGGACAAGCUGGCACCUUUUAUGCAGAUCCAAGAUGACCUGCUACACUUUCAGCAGGAAGCCAUGAACUUGUCAAACCUGGCCAGGAGAUAGCUGAGACCCAGGGAUGGGUGGGAAAAACACAGCCCAUUUCCCCUACCAUAAAUGCAGGCCCUGCCACCAGCUGUACCAGCUUCAGGAGCCCAGCAGAGAAGCAGCAUUUGCUCUGCACUUCCCCACCGCACCCCACGGCUCCCCUGCAGCAGCCCAGAUCACCACUCGACUGCCCUCCUUGUAUCGGUGGGUCACUAUGUUUCCAACCACCUUUCCUAGACAAGGGCAUCUCUGGGUAUCCCCCUAUAUAACCCCCCAAAGGAACCUGCAACUAUCCCUCUGCCAUCUACAUAUCAUCCUUGUGCAGUCCCUGCAGGCAAUUCCUGGCAGACCUUCAGUGGUCCACAUAGUGCCAAGGAUCCAGAACCACCCUGGCCGGGGAGCUGGACUCCCAAGCACAUGCAUGCCUGCUCUGGGGCUCCCACUCACAAAGCAUCCCACUGGGCAAACUGGCCUCAGAACUGAUGCACACAGGCUGCCAGUGUUUUCCUGUUUCUAAGUGCCUUUUGAUUGUAGGUUAUGUUGGGGGUGAUGCCCUCCUCUUGCCUCUGUUAUGUUAGUAUAGUUUUAAGACAGAAAAAGAUAAGCUAUAACUUGACCCACCGGUCCUCCAGAAGAGAGGAUGAUUAUGACAAGAACAAUAAAGUACACAAAACAGC